UCUUCGCGGUUAUGAAAGUGUAAGAAAAAUAAGUUCCCGCCUUAAAGUUCGCAUAAGCAGUUUAAGUAAGUAAUUAAAUAGAAAUGAAGUGCAAAAUACCCGAAAUCUCCUGGCACAACCGUGAUCCUGUGCUAAGCGUAGAUAUACAGACAAAUAGCGUAACUUUGCCGGCUACAGCAAUGUGCCGCCUUGCCUCUGGUGGCACCGAUGCGCACGUACUCAUCUGGUAUGUGACCCAUGGGGACGAGAGCGGUGGCAUUGAGCUGGAGCUGGCGGCGGAUCUGUCGCGUCAUCAACGUGCCGUCAAUACAGUGCGCUGGUCGCCCAAUGGCGAGCUGUUGGCUUCUGGCGAUGACGAGAGUGUUGUUUUCAUAUGGAAACAGAAGGCGGAGCAUGAAGUGGUAAACAUAAUGGAUGGUGAAGGCAACAGCGAGCAGGAUAAAGAAGUGUGGCAGACACUGAAGGUGCUGCGUGGCCAUAGAGAAGAUAUUUAUGACUUGAGUUGGGCGCCAAACUCGCAGUUUUUGGUAACUGGCUCGGUGGACAACACAGCAAUGCUGUGGGAUGUGCACAAGGGCAAGUCCUUGGCUAUUUUGGAUGACCACAAAGGCUAUGUGCAGGGUGUGGCCUGGGAUCCGUGCAAUCAAUUUAUAGCUACCUUGAGUACAGAUAGGAAUAUGCGCAUCUUUGAUGCAACAACGCGACGUGUGCUGCAUAGGGUUAACAAAGCCACGUUGCCUGUAAAGCCAGGACAUGAGCUGCAUGAGAAGAGCAUUCGUUUAUAUCACGAUGGAACGCUGCAGACAUUCUUUAGGCGUCUCUGCUUUACACCCGAUGGCAAACUUCUGAUCACACCGGCAGGUGUGACAGACUACGAUGGCGUAAUGAAACCUACAAAUACUACAUAUGGGUACAGUCGCUACGACCUAAGUCAGCCAGCUUUUGUGCUGCCUUUUCCAAAUGAGUAUACAGUGGCUGUUCGUUGCUCUCCUGUGCUCUAUCGCCUGCGUCCGUUCAAUGUCACCAAGAAUCCGCCUAUAAUAACAUUGCCUUAUCGCAUGAUUUAUGCUGUGGCCACCAAAAACUCUGUGUUCUUCUAUGACACACAGCAACCUGUGCCGUUUGCCAUUGUCUCCAACAUACACUACACACGCUUGACGGAUUUGGCGUGGUCUAAUGAUGGCAAUUUGCUAAUUGUAUCCAGCACGGAUGGCUUCUGUUCGCUGAUAAGCUUUGGCGCACAGGAGCUGGGCGAGCGUUAUGAGCAAAUGGAUGAAGUGCUCAGCGCUGUUGCGCAGACUACAGAGAAUGUGCCACAACGUCAGCGCAAGCAUAGGAAACAGAAACAGCAUGACCAAAGUGCGCGCAGGCCGCUGCAGGAGAAGACCAAGCCCAAUAGCAUAGAAAUAAAGAAAAAGUCAAGCGAAGCAGACUUGGAGGCAGAGAACGAUUCGUCCAUGCAGAGUGCCAGCUCCUCAACAUCUUCAAACAGUCCCAAGGCAAAAAUUGAGCUAAAGCCCACGCCCAUAGCCUUUAGGCGUUCGCCACGUAAAGUAACAGAGCCUACGCCCAUUGCAAUACGUCGCUCGCCGCGCAAGAUUACAGAGGCCAUGCCCAUUGCGAUCAAGCGCAAGGCGAGCGAUGAAGCGCAGCCAGAGCAGCCAAAGUCCAAGCUGCCGCUGGUGCUGCCCAAGCCCAUUGAAGCGGUGCUGGACAAAGAGAUCAUAAGCACGGACGAAAAGUUCGAGUCGCCGGAGAAGAAAUGCAGACCUGCCACACCCAUACAAGUGCGUCGCCAGCCACGCACGCCGGGCAGCAGCAGCAGCAACAGCAAUACGUUUUCGCUUAAGAAAGCGCAAGAGAAAGAAGCAACGCCCAUUGCAGUGCGACGCACGCCACGCUUGCCAGUCGACUUGCCUGCAGUGAAUGCGCCUGUUGUAGUUGAGGAGGCAAUGGACGCCUGGCCGCUGGACGAGAACGUUACGACGCAGCCAAUGACAAUCAAGGAAGUGACGCACAGUAAAAAGGCGCCGGCUGACUUGACCAUUAAGGAGACCAGCUGCGAGUGCACUGAGGAUAUGCGUCUGGUCUACGAGGAUACGCAAGAGGAGCAACAGCAGCAGCAACAACAACGUGACACGCCUGUAAAGCAAGCGCCUGCAGUUGCCGCUUCAGCUCCGGCUACAACCGCCUCGCCCAAAACGAAAACUCCAAGGCGCGUCUCUUUGCGCACUAUAUCCACGCCCAAAUCAAAAAAGAAACUGUUAGAUUAAGUUAACAGUCUUUAGCUUAGUAUUUUUUUUAAAAGAUUUAUAUCAAGUUAAUAUGCGAAAUUAAAAACGCAACGUGUAGAUGCAUCAAUUGGGCCAUUGGUAGUCUACACAAAAGAAAUGCAGUUCAUGAACUUUUGAACUUUAGAUAUA